AUGGCCCCAAUUGAUGAAGCGCUUGACUUUCUGAAGUCGUGUGGCACUGUUAACUAUGCCAAGACUGCGCCUUUCAUCACGUGGGAUUCCACCUACGCUGCCGAUGAUCAAAGUUUCGCCCAGGAUAUCGCCAAAAUUGAGGUCGGAAAGGACUGGCCGUAUAGCUUCGUCCGACGCAACAGCGAUGAGCUCGGUUGCACUUGGUUCGACGGUUUCGAUAUCGCAAGAAAGAGAGCAGACAAUGCUUCUAGGUACAGAGCCUACUAUGAGCUCAUUGGCGAGAAAAUCGAGAAAUACAACAUCCUGCCUUGCAACACGUAUAAUGUGGACGAAAAGAGUUUUCUCCUCGGCGUCAUCAAUCAAACGGGUUGGACGAACCAUGAACUUGGAAAGGAAUGGCUCAUUGGUGUUUUCGACCGGUUCACGAAAGAAAAGGCGCGAAACGGCCGAGAUUACCGCCUCCUGAUCACCGACGGACACUCUAGUCAUGUCAAUAUGGACUUCCUGGAGUGGUGUGACCAGCAUCGGAUAAUCGUUGCCGUGUUUCCGCCGCAUUCCACGCACAGGCUGCAGCCCCUUGAUGUGUCCCUUUUUGGCCCUCUUUCGACCGCAUACACCAACCAGCUCAUCCAGUGGACUGCAAAGACGCAGGGACUCAUUAGGCUAUCGAAACGCGAGUUCUGGUCCUUAUUUUGGAACGCAUUCGGGUCAUCAUUCUCGGCGGAGAACAUCGCAAGUGGGUGGAAACGGACCGGACUCCUCCCAUUUGACCCUGAAGUCGUGUUGUCGCAGAUCACGGAGAAAAUAGAAGAUGAGUCUGAGUCUGGCGACGGCUCCGUUGACUCGCUCGCCCUUCAGCAGCCUACUGCUCGGGAUUUGCGCCGACUUGUCGACAAGAACGAAUUGCUUCGAUAUGAGAAUCAGGGACUUCGCGAGACUAUCUUUCACGAAAAGCAGCGCAGAAUGCGCGCCCUGCAAAAGUGGCCCAAGCGCGCUUGA